UCCAGUCUCUGCAAAUAAUCGCAGGAGAUAAUAACCCAAAAGAGAGUGAAAAAACACAAAAAAGUUGGAGAGCACUGGGUUUGCUCAAGUUGAACAGAAAUCGAAUCAAAGUGGGCUUUCUUCUACACUCCUUCCCUUUCUACUUCUCUCUCUCUUCCAAUCUUCUCAAUCAAUUAUACUUCUACUACUAUUCCAUUCUAUUCUCUCUCAACAUAUAUAUAUAUAUAUAUAUAUAAGAAUUCAGGGUUUUGAUUUUUUUCCAUCAGAUCCCAAAUUGUUUUUUUAUUUUUUUAUUUUUAAUCAUCAUCUUCAUCGACAUCAUCAAACAUGGAGAAAGUUAGGAGAGCAUCUCAUGCUGGUUCAUGGUACACUGACAAUCCUAGGAAAUUAGCAGAAGAGCUUGAAGGAUGGCUGGGGGCAUCUGGCCUGAGCAAAUCUUCUGAUGUACGAGCUGUGAUUGCUCCGCAUGCAGGUUACUCAUAUUCAGGUCGAGCUGCUGCCUAUGCAUUUGGAAACAUUGAUCCGACAAACAUUUCUCGGGUAUUUCUUCUUGGUCCAUCUCAUCACUAUUACACACCAAAAUGUGCUCUUUCAACAGCCACAGUUUACAAGACACCCAUUGGGGACCUACCUAUUGAUUUGGAAGUCAUUGAGGAGCUAAAAGCUACUGGAAAAUUUGAACUGAUGGAUAUUCGUGUUGAUGAAGCCGAACAUAGCAUGGAAAUGCACUUGCCAUAUCUUGCUAAAGUAUUCGAGGGGCACCCGGUAAAAGUUGUACCUAUUUUGGUCGGUGCUCUUAAUGCUGAAAAUGAAGCCCUGUAUGGACAGUUGCUUGCCAAAUAUGUGGACGAUCCAAAUAAUUUCUUUUCUGUGUCCUCUGAUUUUUGUCAUUGGGGUUCUCGGUUCAAUUACAUGCAUUAUGACAAGAAACAUGGGGCUAUAUACAAAUCUAUUGAGGCCUUGGAUAGGAUGGGCAUGGAUAUAAUUGAAACAGGAGAUCCAGAUGCAUUCAAACAAUAUCUGUCAGAAUAUGACAACACCAUUUGUGGACGCCAUCCCAUUAGUGUUUUCCUCCAUAUGCUGAGGAACUGCUCAACAAAGAUAAAGAUCAAAUUUCUACGGUAUGAACAGUCAAGUCAAUGCAAAAGUACGAGAGACAGUAGUGUAAGUUAUGCAUCUGCAGCAGGGAAGGUGGAUGCUUGAAGCUUAAUUGUUGCCAACUUACUAUAUAUUCAGAAAUUUAAUUUCUUUAAAUUGGCUGUAAUAUUUAACUUAAUCACUUGCAAGAACUGCUGAUUGAUGGUACUCUUUUCCCUGUUUAUAUGUUUAAUACUAAUAACGGAUCACUCUGCCUACU